GCUCGUCUUCAUCCAGCUAUCCUCCAUAAGCCAUAAUAACACUGUAGUUUGUGUAAACGUCCUACGAUUACCUUUGAAUUGACAAUUGCUGUCUUGUGAAGCCUUUUUAAGGCAAAAUAGGAAUGAAUGCUGCCAUUACGACAAAAUGUUGACUUGUGUGAACCAGGUGAACACUGCUWCAGUUCAGUGGAUGCCCCAAUCAUUCCACAAAACGGAAAGAAAAGAAAAGUGAGUAGCGACGUCAAAAACGGCUCCAGAACUGUGGCUUCACUUGAAAGUGAAAACAUUUAUCCUCAUUCUAAGAGGCAAAAGUCUGAGAACUAUACAGAUAAAGAUCAAGGGGGGUUGACCCUUCUGAUGGCUGAUCAGGAGAAGAAGGCUUUCUCUAAGUAUGGCAAUCAUUUUCAUGAAUUGUCUCCAAUGGCGUUGAACAAUACAUCUACUAAUAAGCCGGGACAAGCCAAGAAACUUGUUAUCAAGAACUUUAAAGCUAAGCCCCACUUACCUGAUAAUUUCCAAGAAGCAACAUGGAUGAAGCUGAAAGAAUCUGUCCAAGCUAUUCACAAGAAAACAUCUAUAGGCUACAGCCUGGAAGAGCUUUAUAAGGCAGUUGAAAACAUGUGCUCACAUAAGAUGGCUUCAGUAUUGUAUGACCAGCUAAAAGUGGAAUGUGAAAGACAUGUACAUUCCAACUUACAUCAGUUCACUGGUGAUGGAAUGGAUAGCAUUUUGUAUUUAACAAAACUAAACUACUGUUGGGAAGAUCACUGCAGACAAAUGAUUAUGAUAAGAAGUAUAUUUCUUUAUUUAGACAGAACAUAUGUUUUACAAAACUCAUCUAUUUUAUCAUUAUGGGAUAUGGGUUUGGAUUUAUACAGAAAUCACAUUAUGAGUAAUGAUGCUGUCAAAACAAGAACAGUAGAAGGAUUAUUAUUGCUAAUUGAGAAAGAAAGACAUGGAGAGGCUGUGGACAGGUCACUAUUGAAAAGUCUUCUAAGAAUGUUGGCUGAUAUACAGAUGUACACAGAUGCAUUUGAAUGCAGAUUUUUAAAGGAAACAGAUAUACUUUAUGCUGAGGAAGGCAAAAGAUUAAUGCAAGAAACAGAUGUUCCAAAAUAUCUUGCUCAUGUUGAUAAAAGACUGCAGGAAGAAAUGGACAGACUGAUACAUUACUUGGAUCACUCCACAAGAAAACCUUUAAUACCUUGUGUUGAGAAGCAACUUAUAGGUGAACAUUUGGGGAGUAUACUACAGAAAGGUUUUGACACUUUGAUGAUGAGUGAUCGUAGGUCUGACUUGGCUCUCAUGUAUCAGCUCUUUUCAAGAGUAAGGACUGGCACAGAAGAGUUGUGUAAAGCCUUCAGUUUGUUUGUCAAGAAACAAGGACUCAGUAUUGUGCUGAAUCCAGAAAAAGAUAAAACCAUGGUACAAGAACUUCUUGACUUUAAGGACCAACUUGAUGGGAUCAUUGAGCAAUCUUUUUUAAAAAGUGACAAGUUUGUUGUUGCUAUGAAGGAGUCAUUUGAAGCUUUCAUAAAUAAAAGACCCAACAAACCAGCAGAACUUAUAGCUAAAUUUGUGGAUUCCAAACUCAGAGCAGGGAACAAGGAAGCUACAGAUGAGGAGCUUGAGAAAAUAUUAGACAGAAUUAUGGUGCUGUUUCGUUUUAUCCACGGCAAAGAUGUCUUUGAAGCAUUCUACAAAAAGGAUUUAGCAAAAAGAUUAUUAGUUGGUAAAAGUGCAUCUGUGGAUGCUGAGAAGUCCAUGUUAUCCAAGUUAAAACAGGAAUGUGGAGGGGCAUUCACAAGCAAACUGGAGGGCAUGUUUAAAGACAUGGAACUUUCUAAAGAUAUUAUGCUGCAGUUUAAACAACAUAUUCAACACCAUGAUUUACCCAGUAAUAUUGACAUGGUUGUAAGCAUACUGACAAUGGGCUACUGGCCUACUUAUCUACCUAKGGAUGUCCACCUACCAGCUGAAAUGGUUCAGUACCAGGAGACAUUCAAACGUUUUUACCUAAGUAAACACAGUGGUCGCAAACUUCAGUGGCAAAACACACUGGGACAUUGUGUGGUUAAGGCAGAUUUUAGCGAGGGUUCUGUCGGCUGCCCUCAAGAGAAAAAAGAACUUCAAGUGUCUCUCUUUCAAACUCUGGUUCUUUUAUUGUUCAAUGAGGGAAAUGACUAUACAUUUCAUGAAAUAAAGCAAGCUACGGGGAUAGAGGACUGCGAGCUUAGAAGAACGCUUCAAUCUUUGGCUUGUGGACGGGCCAGAGUUAUGAAGAAGAAGCCUCCGGGCAAAGAUAUCGAUGAUGCUGACAUAUUUAGCUUUAAUAAAGACUUCAAACAUAAGUUAAUUCGUAUCAAGAUAAAUCAAGUACAAAUGAAAGAAACGCCUGAAGAGAAUGUCAACACAACAGAACGUGUGUUCCAGGAUCGACAGUAUCAAAUUGAUGCAGCUAUUGUAAGGGUUAUGAAGACACGAAAAACUCUCAACCACACCCUACUGGUGUCAGAAUUGUACAAUCAACUAAAAUUUCCUGUCAAGCCAACAGAUUUAAAGAAACGUAUUGAAAGUUUAAUCGAGCGUGACUACAUGGAGCGUGACAAAGAAUCGCCCAACCAGUAUCAUUAUGUAGCAUAAUUUCCCCACGAGUUUUUUAUAGAAAUAGUUCUUUGCGUUCGAUAGUCGGGCCUCCAUCUUGAGUGCAAAAAAAUAUCCUUGAAUCACUCAUAAUUAGAGAAUUGUGAAAUAGUGCUAGUUGCAGUGCAAGAUACUAUCACUGACGCUUCACGGAUAUAUUGUUUGCACUCGAUCUAACCGCUGUUGUUAUUGAUAGUGUAACUAAAGUAUUACUAUUAAUAAGUACUUGGAAUACGAAGCUAGACUACUAAGUUAUUUACACCUACUUGCAAAAAGGUUGCCAAAGAGUGCAUUCGAAACAUUUUGUAAAAAAUUACACGAUUUUGUAAUGAUUUGCACAAUUUUGUUUCUCGAACUAUUUCUCGGAUGUAGUAAAUCUUUUUAGUGUAAUGGGAAAGGAAAUCAAGACAAAAUCAGAUUACUCAAUUCGCUCUUUUGUUUCAGUAAUUUCUCUGAAGUUUUUUCCUGCAUAUGACAACCCUCUUACAAUUAGGGGUAUUAUUAUAUGGUUUUGGCUAUUGAAUGAGGACAGAGAUUGCAACGUAAGAAUUGCUAACAUAUUUUGUAAUGUAGUAAUGAACAAUGAAUAAUUUAUCAAAUGUACUUGAGCAGUAGUAUCCAGUAUGCAUAAGAUAACAUGGCUAAAUAAGCCGUGUAAAGUUGGAAUCAUGUAAUAAAGUAGUAAUGUUUUCAUCAA